CUAAUACAAUAUACGUUUAACGUGUUGAACGCUGCUGCAUGGUUACUAGCGUUAUCAUAUUUAUGUUGCAAUUAGGGAAGAUUGUGAGCCAAGCUUGACUUCCGCUACAUGGCCUCCUUGCUAAACAUGAGUAUACUAUCGUCCAUCUGUGACUCCUUUAUAGCGUGUCGAACAACUGGCACAGGGGAGUUUGAGAGUCUCUGAUUGAGGAUUAUCGGGUCUCAGAAUAUUUUGCUAUUCUUUACUGGUUCUAAGCAACAGCUAUUUCAGGAUGUGGCGUACAGGUCAGGACGCUGGAGCUUCUAAUACCAGCACUCCUGGUCCGAAAUCAACUGGUCCACAUGGCAAGGGCAAUUCCGAAAUGCUGGCCCAGCCCGCUAACCAAAAUGUGUCACAACAUCCUGCGUCAAAUCCGACACCAUUUUCGGCGUUUCCCACGGCCUGGGCUAUUGGAACGUCGCCGGUUGAGUAUGCCAACCUCGCUCGCCCGAACAACAACAGCAUGCAUCCUCCAAGCAUUGUUUACGCUCCAAGUGACUUGCUGCCACACGGUCUGCUCGCAUCACCGCAGCCGUCGACACCGGCAACAACUCUGUUAAAGCUGGUGGCCAACCGCAGCCUGUCCAUCGUUAAUCCUGACGCUGCCUAUGGCCCCAACGCAAACGGAGAGUCUCCAGCAGCCCCCGGUGCACCUCCGCUAGACACCCUUAUUUUGCCAUCGCCAUCUCUGCUGCCUGGCGGUGUACACAGCCUGCCAACGCCCACUUCCUCGUCUCAGCUACAUAGGCCACAGGACGGUUAUGGCUAUGGAUCCAUAUCUCCUGUCGGGACAGGACCAAACAAGGAUAUACCAGUAACCCCCAAGGGCGAUCCUGCAAAUGGUUCCAAGGGCCCGUCUGUCGUACACCAUGCUUCCGGCAAGCGCCUCGAUGUUCACGCUCCACAAGCUCCCCGCGGCAGCAGCAGUGGCGGGGCCGCCAACCACGGGCGCAACGCAGAAGGCGCCGCUCCAUCGCGUGAUGCUGGUCUGGGAGGUGGCAGCAGCCACUCUUCGGGCUCGCAGCAGGCCUCGCUUAGCGGCGGCUACACUGGAGGUGGCGUGCAGCAACAAGGGCGUGGCAUGCACCCUGUUGGCUCCUACCCGAUGGCUCAACAUCACCACUACCACCACCACGCCGUCAAGCACCACCAAUCCGCGCCCACAUCCGGAGCCAGCAUGACACCUGGGUCUCCGUCCGCAGGCUAUCCAGGAAAUGCCUACUACAUGGCCCCAUUGCCGCCGGGGGCUAUGGUGAUGCCCAUGCACCAGUCCGGUGGCGGUGGCAACGCCGGCAACGGCCGCGCUAGCGCGGGUGGUGGCACCAUCACUGCACCCAGAGAUAGCAGCGCAGGCAGCGGUUGGCGCGGCAGCCGUAGCGCGGGAGGUGCUGCGAUGAACGGUGCGGCGGCCAACGGCCACUGUACCGCCAAGCACAGUCACCAAUACGUCCAUCAGCAGCAGCAGAUGAUGCAGGGGUCCAUGGCUUCAGACGGCUCAGGGGCGUACGGCAUGGCGCACAUGCACGCUGGACCGUAUGCCUUGUACGGCAUGAUGGCCCCUGGAAGACUUGUUAUGCCACAGGUUAUGUCCCCCGUCGUCGGUUCCCCCCGUGGCAUGGACGCCCACAGCAACAUGGCACACCAGCACUCCCACAUGGGCCCUAUGAUGAUGUCGCACAGCCCCUCCAUGGCCAUGGGGAUGGGCAUGGGCAUGGCCCCCAUGCACGGCUACCCGUCGCACGGCCACAUGGCCGCACCGCACAUAGGGCUGCACCCCAUGACACACCACCACCCCGCCCACAUGGGCGCUCCUCACGGCAUCAGCAGCUACCCGCACUCCUCAGCCCACAGCAUGCCUGGGGGGGGCUUCCAGGGCGGCCAUUACGGCGCCGGUGUGUACGGCCAGCACCCGUACGGACACAUGCAUGCUGGGGUGUCGUACGGGCGAAGUGGCGCCGGGAAGGCAACUGCUGGUGCGGGUGGCGUUGGUCAGCAGCUGCAGGCGCCCGGGGCGGCGAGCGUGAAGAAUUCAUUGCCGCAUCGAGGCGCUGCUGCCGAGUCUGGGGCCGCCAGCGGAGGCGCCGCCGGGGCCAACGGCUCAGGCAGGGAUAGUCCUGCUGCUGCUAGAGGCCGAGGCAGCGGUCGGGACAAGCUAGAGAAGAGCCGGGCGUCUGAGCAGCGGGAACGCAAGUCGGGCAACUCGCGAGCCCCAGCUGCUGUAGCGCAGUGCGCUGCAGAGGUGGCCGCAUUGGACGAGCAGCUCCGAAACCUGGUGCAGCAGCUGACGCCGGGCGCUGAGGAGCUCGAGGCGCACCAAACUGCGCUGCAUGCGGUACGGCAGCUGGUGGAGGCCCGGUGGCCUGACGUCAAGGUUCACCUGUUUGGCUCCGCUGCAAACGGUCUCUGCAUUGCCGGGGCCAACGAGAUUGACAUCACGCUGGAGGUGCCUGACAUGGUUUGGGAUGACCAUGCGGCAAAGGCCGCGAUGGUUUCGGAGCUUGGAGAGCUCGCCACGGGCGGCCGCAGCACGGCGGCGGCGGCAGCAGCGCCGACCCCGGCGGCGUCGCCAGAGGCAGACGCCACGCCGGCGGCUGCUGAUGCCGAGGUCAUUACCGCCGGCAGCGCUCCUGAGGCGGUUUCGGCUGAGGCAACCGAAGCUGGCGCGGUUUUGGAGGCAGCGGGCGACGGGGCAAUCGAAGUGGAUGCCGCAGCGACUGCAACGGCUGACUCCGCAGCGUCCGAGGAAGCAAAUAAAAAGGAUGUGACCAGCAGCGACAGUGACAGCAGCAGGGAGGGCGCUGCGCGUGCAACCGGCAUGACGGCAGUCACCGCUCUGCCCAAGGCGCGGACGCCCGUGGUAAAGCUGACAGUGGCCGAAACAAAGACCCGCGUGGACAUCACCGUCAACAACCUGCUGGCGCUCUCCAACACCCGCAUGCUGGGCCACUACUGCCAGCUGGACCCGCGGCUCAAGCAGCUGGUGCUGGUGGUGAAGCACUGGGCCAAGACGCGCAGCGUCAACGACGCCUAUCGGGGCUCCCUCUCCUCCUACGCCUACGUGCUGCUCUGCAUCUGGCUGCUGCAGCAGCGGCAGCCCCCCAUCCUGCCGGUGCUGCAGCAGCGCGAUCCGCUGUCGUACGACACCACCGUUGGCCCCUGGCGCUGCUCGUACCACGAUGCCGUACAAGAUCUGCGGGACUUUGGGACGAGCAACAAGGAGUCGCUAGCGGAGCUGCUGGUGGCGUUCUUCGACCACUGGGCCUGGCGCCACGACUACAACGGAUCCGUGGUGUGCGUGCGCACGGGCGGCACCCUGGCCAAGUCGGCCAAGGAAUGGACCAAGCGACAGGGCAACGAGCGGCACCUGAUGUGCAUCGAGGACCCCUUCGAGCUAAGCCACGACCUGGGUCGGACCAUCGACAAGGCCGCGGUGCAGAUCCUCCGUCGCGAGUUCGAGCGCGCUGCUCGCAUCUUCGCCAGCAGCUCUGACCCGCUGCGGGAGCUGCUUGCGCCGCUGAGCCCCGAGGAGGAGGCGCUGGCCGCUGCAGCCAUGCAGAGCCGUCGCAAGGCCUCCAAAGACAAGGACAAGGAUAAGCAGGCAGCCAAGGAGGGCAAACUGGCAGCUGCGGCAGCCGCUGGUGAUGGUGAUGGUGGUGUUGGUGUUUGCGGGGUUGCUUCCGGGGAGCAGCAGUCCUCGGGCGAUGCGUCCACCGUUGUGAGUGGCGGUGAGGGCGGCGUGUCAUCAGCGGAGAUAGUGCUCACCAGCCGGGGUAGCGGCAGCGAGGAGCAGGACACGGAGGAGGAGG